AUGACUGCAGUGAAGGAAAUCAGAGCCAUCGGUGUCCACGACUACGACAACUGGUUAGAACCAAAGGAGUUCACCUAUGAGCCACAAGAAAUGCGUCCUGAGGAAGUCGAAAUCAAGGUGGAGGCGUGCGGUAUCUGCGGUUCCGACAUCCAUGCUGCUAACGGAGACUGGGGCCGCCACUUCUCCCCACUUGCUGUCGGCCACGAGAUUGUCGGUGUCGUCACCGCUGCCGGCAAGGACUCGAGACACAAGGUUGGCGACAGAGUCGGUGUCGGUGCCCAGUGUGACUCGUGCCACACAUGCACCCGUUGCAAAAACGAACAUCAGAACGCCUGUAGGCGCAUGGUCGGCACCUAUCAGGGUGUUUACCCAAGCGGCAAGGUCACACAGGGUGGCUAUGCCUCCCACGUGAGAGUCAACAGCGAGUUUGCCUUCAAGAUCCCAGACAACUUGAGCAGCGUCGACGUCGCUCCUUUGCUUUGCGGUGGUAUCACCGCCUUCAGACCAAUGAUGACCGCUGGUGUCACCAAGGGCACCAAAGUCGGUAUUAACGGUAUCGGUGGUAUUGGGCACAUGGCUAUUCUGUUCGCCAAGGCCUUGGGUGCUGAGGUCACCGCUAUCUCUAGGAACGACAAGAAGAAGGAGCUCGCCAUACAGUUGGGUGCAGACCACUAUAUUGCCACCGACGAGAAGGACUUUUCUAAGAAGCACGAGGACUCAAUCGAUUUGCUCAUCAAUACCGGCUCCUCCUUUUCCGAGGGUAACGUCAGCGAGGUUUUGAACCUCUUGACCGCCUUUGGUAAAAUGACCUUCAUCACCGCCCCGCCUAUUGAUGAGAAGUUGUCUUUGAUUCCAUUCCAGAUGCUCCAGAACAACAUCUCUGUCGGUGGCUCCUGUAUUGGCUCUCCGAAGGACAUCGAGUACAUGUUAGAGGUUGCUUCCAAGAACAACAUCAAGCCUAUGAUCGAGACCAUCGACAUUAACGAGCCUAACGUCAAAACCGCCUGGGAAAGAAUGGUCAAGGGUGACGUCAGAUUCAGAUUUGUCUUAACCGGUUACGACAAGUAUUUCAAAUAA